AACAUGGCACCCAUCCGUCAAAAGAAGCAAUUUGCCAGCAAAAAAAGCAAAAGGGGGCCUGGCUGGAAAUUCAGUCUGGGACCUACUCACCCUGUCGAGGAUGGCAUCAUGGACUCCGCCAACUUUGAAAGCUUCUUGAAAGAGAAGAUCAAGGUCAACGGCAAGACCGGCAAUCUUGGGAACGUCGUGUCUGUCGCCCGCAUGAAGAACAAAAUCAACGUCACCUCUGACAAGCAGUUCUCCAAAAGGUAUUUAAAGUACCUGACGAAGAAGUACCUGAAAAAGAACAACCUGCGUGAUUGGCUGAGAGUGGUGGCCUCCGACAAGGAAACGUAUGAGUUGCGCUACUUCCAGAUUAGCCAAGAUGACGAAGAGUCUGAAGCAGAAGACUAAGAGUCCUCUUCCAUUUUAUCAUGACAAUAAAUCUGAACAAAAACAA